AAAAACAUGGAGUACAACUCUAAAAAUGCCCACGAGCAUGACUUUAAUAGAAAUCUGGUGUGUAUUGUGUAUCCGGGCAUUGUACGGAAUCCCGAUCGGAUGAUUGAAACGCUAGGAGGAAUCCGUGAAAUAAGCAACACAUUCGGUCAAGAGAAGCGACGGUUAGAGCUACGCUUCCGGCCAGAUUGUAUCUACUCCAAGCCAGCGUUCGGUGAUGGUCGGCCAACAACCGGUCUCGUACUGAAGGUGAAGGUGCAGCGUCGCAAAUCAAAUCCCGACUACCGAUCGAUCAGUACGGUCAAAAUUGUGGGUUGUGUACGGCGAUGUUACAAUUUCGAUUCGCUGUGUGAUUUCCAACAGCUGCCCGCCUUCCGUAUGCCGGAAACGGGUAGAGUCGAAUGUCUGUACAAUGAAAUCGUCCCAAGAGGCGCUCACACGUCGAGCCCAUUCGAAAAACCAUCAAACAUUCCAUCCUUUCUACCACCCAUUUGCUUCAGUCGGAACGAUACGAUGAACACGUUUGUGCUGCGGGAACCGAAAAAACCUCGUCAGACAAGUUUACCGACCGAAGGGUGUCAUCGACGACGGAGACAAAAGCAUGGCAUAUACCAUGCGUUCUCGCUUACCGAACCCGUCCCGGAGAAAGCGACACCGAUGGCUUUGAGCAUGUUGCACGCGAAAGUCGUUACGAGUGGAGAAAUGGAGCAAGUACGGCAGGCGUUCAUGACGCGCCCUGUCUGGACCAAGAACGCACUGAUGAGCAUCAAUAAGAUCGAGUGUAGCAGUCAAACGUUGGGCGUGAUUUUACCGUCAGUCGCUUACUACUAUGUCAAUGGUCCUUGGCGUGGUACCUGGGUACGGUACGGGUACGAUCCUCGUAAGCAUUUCGAGUCAAGAGUCUACCAGCUGCUAGACUUUCGCGUGCGCUCCAUUGGGUCAGUGCACGAGUGUAUUAAAAUAAAACGCCUUUCACGCGCGAAGGUUAACUACAGGACUGGGGAAACUGUAGCGUCCCAGUAUCGGGAUGAUGAGCAAAACUUUGUCAAUAAUACGUUUGAUGAGGACACCAUACCACCGUAUCGUGUCAUAUUCUACCAGUACUGUGACAUUCAUCUAAAGAAGGUUCAGGAUAUGCUGAAGAAGGUCCCAUCGCCCAAGAGCGGAACCGUGUGUGAUGAGCGGAAUGGUUGGUUGCCGUACCGGUUCGAUGAUCAGUGUCGCAACAUCAUGAUGGAGAUUGUGCUGAACAAUAUACGCAGACUGAGCGAAGAGCAUCCGGAAUCGUACGGGGCAAUCGGGGAAUCGGUGGAGGAUGAGGAUGACGAUGACGGGGAUGAGGGUGAGCUGUCAGGAUUUGAGGUGGAUGAAGAGGAGGAGGAUGAGCUGGAAGGGAUGAUGGAUUCGAUGGACGAUUCCAUUACGGAUUGAACUUUCG